AUGCAGGAGUCUCCAGGUGCCAUGGGAGUAGAUGGCAGCUACGCCAGCAACGUUCCAGCCUUUCUCACCAAGCUGUGGACUCUGGUGGAGGAUCCAGACACCAACCACCUCAUCUGCUGGAGUGCUACUGGCACAAGCUUUCAUGUGUUUGACCAGGGACGCUUCGCCAAGGAAGUCCUGCCGAAGUAUUUUAAACACAAUAAUAUGGCAAGCUUUGUCCGACAGCUAAACAUGUAUGGAUUUCGUAAAGUGGUGAACAUUGAGCAGAGCGGUCUGGUGAAGCCGGAGAGAGACGACACAGAGUUCCAACAUCUGUACUUCCUCCAGGGACAUGAACACAUGCUGGAACACAUCAAGAGGAAGGUAUCCAUCGUGAAGAGUGAGGAGACCAAAGUCCGUCAGGAGGACCUCAGCAAACUGCUGUAUGAAGUCCAGCUCCUCCGAACCCAACAGGACAACAUGGAGUGUCAGAUGCAGGACAUGAAACAGCAGAAUGAAGUUCUGUGGAGAGAGGUGGUCUCACUGAGACAGAACCACACGCAGCAGCAGAAAGUCAUGAACAAGCUGAUCCAAUUUCUGUUCAGCCAGAUGCAGUCCAACACACCCAGCACUGUUGGCCUAAAGAGAAAGCUGCCCUUGAUGUUGGACGAUGGCUCUCCCAGUCCUCCUGCCUCUAAAUUCAGCCAUAGUCACCCAAUGGAGGCCAUGCACGAGACCUUCUACAUCCAGUCGCCAUCCAGUGACACUGCUUCCUGCUCUACCAGCGGGCUGACAGGAGGACCUAUCAUAUCAGACGUUACUGACAUGUCUCAGGCCAGCAUGGCCCUCCAAAUGCAACCUGAUGAGACCAGGGAGAAGUGCAUGAUGCUCAUCAAAGAGGAGCCUGUGAGUCCAGGAGUGAGAGGAGCAGGGAAAGGAGGCGCAGUGGGGGGAGGCGAGGCUGUAGCACUGACCUCAUCCUGUGAGGUGUGCUCCUCUGAACCUCCAGUCCUACCUGUCGCAAUGGUCCAGUCAGUUCUGGAGGGGAGGGGCUCUGUGGUGGAGAGGAGGAGUAAGAGACCUGCUCUGGAAAGAGUGGAGGUUUCAGAUGCAGUGGAGAAUGUGGAUAUGAGCCUGGAGGAGCUCCAGCAGCUGCUGCUCAGGAGCCAUCAGCAGAAUGCUGUGGAAGCUGGGUCCAGUGCUGUUAUGGAUCCCUUCAGUUUAAGCCUGCCUCUAACAGAGUGGAACUUCACAGAGAUGGAGUCCAACCUCAAAUCAUACAUGUUCCAGAACCAGGAAGCCGAGGCCUUUCCACCGACCAGCUGUGAGGAACAGUGA